AUGGUAACCAAGUGCAAGGUUGCUUGCAAAGCCUGCAACUUGCGACGGGUGAAGUGUGACCGGACUGAGCAAGGACCCUGCUCGAACUGUCGAUUGGCAGGGCAAGAUUGCCAACCCAUCGUGUCCAGGCGUGGAAAGUAUCCGCGUACUGGUGUCCAGCGCACCGAAUCUCGGGCGGCAUUGCGUCGAUCUCAACGACGGCAAGACAACGAGGGUAGCCACAAUAGUGCAUUGUCGGAAGAAUCAUAUCAAGACACUAUCACAGUCGGACUAGGUAGCUCUGAUGCUAACAAUGCUACCACGCCAGCGUUGUCGUCAAGACAGAAUUCACAGCAUCCCACUAGCUCAGAUGGCAAGGUGACAUACUAUGGGGAUUCAUCCAAUCUUGAGUACAUGCUGCAUGAAAUGGGAGAUCCCUUGAGUGCUAUGUCCAAUGGCCUCAAUUUGGAAGGCACCAUUGAGAACUUAUAUCUCAAGCAGCUUGGACCAUCGACUAGAAGCUUGCUGGAAGACCACCGUCGGAACGAGGGUCUUUAUUUGAAGACCAAUAGGGCCUUCGAAACAUUCGAACGGACUAUCGGUCAGGACCUUAUACGAACCUUCUUCGAGUUGUGCCACCCUCAGAUCCCAAUUUUUGACAGAGCAGAUUUCCAGCUCAAAUAUGAAGCUGGGAGGGUUUCGCUUCUUAUUCUACAUGCUGUGUACUUUGUGGCAAUGGCCCACUGCAAUGAGACGCUCUAUAGGCAGGCUGGAUUUACCGACAGGUAUUCGGCUACUUUCGCAUGUUACCAGAAGGCAAAGACACUAUACGAUGCGAGCUAUGAAUCCGACGCUAUAGCUACCCUUCAAGCGGUCUGUCUCUUGUCGUACUGGUGGGGUAGUCCGUUGGAACAAAAGGACAUGUGGCACUGGCUUGGUAUUGCGAGCGGUUUAGCGCAGUCUCUGGGAUUGCAUCAACGGAAAACCUACUCGGGAUUGAAUGUGAGGAAUAAAAGAUUAUGGAAGCGGCUUUGGUGGACCAUAUAUAUCCAUGAUAUCUCUGCAGCACUUGUGCUAGGAAGGACUCCGCACAUCAAUGAUGCGUACUGCAAUGUAGGCAUGCUGAAUGACGACGAUUUUGAUUCGGACGACGAUGAAGUAAAUGCCGAUCUGUUUGGUGAUCCAUCUCGCGAUUCCCGACUGUACUUGGUAUAUUCAGCACAGCUCUACCUGCACACGAGCAAAUGCAUGUUAGAGAUAGCUAGGGCCGAGUCCGAUGAAUUUCCGGUCACCCAAAGCCUGGAUGCUCUUGCAUCGUGGAAGGACUCUCUUCCCGUCGAACUACGACUCGGACAAUCCAUGAUUUCUGCGAAUACUAUCCCCUGGGCCUCCUUGUUCCAUUUGAGCUACUUCACUGUGCAAAUUUUACUACGCCGGAGCAGUUUGAAACACCACGACGGAAUGAAGGUGGGAACAAUUGCCUUUAAUGCAGCAGUGCAGAUUGUACGAAUACUGGAAGACCUGGUGUCAUUGCAGCUCCUACACUUUGCUUUGCCGCGCAGUUCCGCUGCUGUUUUGGCCGCGCUCUCAGUCCAAAUUGCAAACAUGCGUGAAUGUGCGGCCCAUAUCGUCGAGGUUUCGAAGCAUAGAGCCCGACUCUGUAUGUUUGUCAUGAAUAAACUGAAGGAUCAUGCGCCUCCCCUCGCCUGGUAUUAUCGCCUCUUUGUGCGACUGUUGCACGGCUUGGGCUGCCAGAUUCCAGAAGAAGACAUUCAAGAACCCAUCCAGAAUCAGCGCUUACACGGAUUGACUCCAUCUACGACAGACUUCACUUAUAACAAUCAAUCAGGCCACGAUCCAAAUCUCCCUGACUUUGGUUCGCUAUUCAAUGAUCCAGCGCUCAGUGACUUGAACCUAUCUGAGGCAGUGUCCUCCUUCGCAUUCUCCGCAUUGCUCAACAGUGACUCAAUUGAUGAGACUUCAGCUGCCAUGGAGAAUCACGACCUCGAUAUGUCGUCUACCUAA